CCAGUUUCCAGUCGGUGUCGCUGUCGACCAGACUCUUGAGCAUGUCGAAGUCGCUAUCCUCGGCGAUCUUCACCACCCCCGGUUCCAUGUUUUGCUGAAAAAAACCAGCCGCAACGUCAGAAACACAUCGUGUGGAAAAUUUAUUAUAAAUAAUAGCAACGAUCUGAAAAAUAUAACUGAAAAUCUGCCUGGAGUGUUUUAAUUGACACGAAGGUCAAUUGUGGGGUCAAUUCUAGUUGAUCUCCAAUUUCAAAAUCACGAUAAACAAAUUACUAAACAAAUUACCAAGAAAAAUAUUCAGUCACAAACAAAUCAAGAUGUGCUCGACUCUCGACGAGAAAAUCAAGGAAUGGUUGUCGUGGGACAAGAACCCGACCACCAAGUCUUACAUCGAAAGCCUGUCGAAGCAGGAUAAACGGGACGUGCUGUCCGACCUUCUCCUAAAGCGGCUGUCCUUCGGAACGGCUGGACUGAGGGGUAAAAUGGGCGCCGGCUAUUCCGCCAUGAACGACCUGGUCAUCAUUCAAACCGGACAAGGAUUGUUGGCUUACUUGGAGGAAAACGAAAAGACACUGUUGGAAAACAACGGUGUGGUUGUUGGAUACGAUGGAAGACACAACAGCAGAAGAUGGGCUGAAUUGACUGCCACGAUAUUCAUUAACAAAGGUUACAAGGUUAGAUUGUUCAGCAAAGUUAAUCCCACUCCGUUGGUCGCUUUCGCUACUAAAAUGUACAGUUGUGCCAUUGGUGUUAUGGUUACUGCUUCUCACAAUCCAAAAGAAGACAACGGCUACAAAGUGUAUUGUUCUCUUGGUACCCAAAUAAUUUCACCAACAGAUAAACAAAUCCAAUCGUCAAUUUUGAAAAAUCUCCCACCUUUGGAUUCAUCUUGGGACACUUCUAUUGUAAAGGAUAAUCCCUUAUGCAUUGAUCCUUUAGAAGAAGUGUUCUCUAGUUAUCUAUGCAAGUUACAAGGCAUCAUCCUGCCUGAAUACUUGGAAAACAACAAAAAACUUAACAAACUGUUUACAUAUACUGCAAUGCAUGGUGUUGGUUAUUACUACGUGGAUAAAGUAUUUGAAAAAAUUGGCAUUAGAAUCAUUCCUGUAUCCGAACAAAAGGAUCCGAAUCCUGAUUUUCCAACAGUCAAAUUUCCUAAUCCAGAGGAAGGUAAGAGUGCUCUGGAUCUUUCAAUUAAAACGGCGAAUGAAAACAAUAGUACUAUAAUACUGGCCAACGAUCCAGACGCUGAUCGAUUUGCUGCGGCUGAAAAGAAUCCAAAAACCGGUGAAUGGAAAGUGUUUACAGGGAACGAAUUGGGAGCACUUUUAGGUUGGUGGCUCUUACACUGUUACAAAAGAAAGAACCCUGGUCCAUUGAAAGAUAUUUACAUGAUUUCCAGCACUGUUAGUUCCAUGAUUUUGAAAUCGAUGAGUCGGAUUGAAGGUUUUAACUUUGUUGAAACACUUACUGGCUUCAAGUGGAUGGGAAAUAAAGCAUUUGAGUUGAUGAACGAGAACAAACAAGUCUUGUUCGCUUUUGAAGAGUCCAUUGGUUACAUGUGUGAUCAAACAGUCUUGGACAAAGAUGGUGUUUCGGCUGCAUUCCAUUUUGCAACGUUAGCGUCGUUCUUAUAUAGUAACAACCAAACGCUUGCUGACAAACUUUCCGAAAUUUACUCUCAGUAUGGACAACAUCUAUCAUCUCAGUCGUAUUAUUUGUGUUACGAUCCUGAUGUUAUUAACUCUAUAUUUACUAAAAUUCGCAAUUUUACUAACAAUAAUCAAUACCCUACUGGAAUCCUUAAUAAUAAAUAUAAAAUUACUGGCGUAAGGGACUUAACAACUGGUUAUGAUAGCAAUCAACCAGAUGGAAAAGCUAUUUUGCCCGUUGAUAAAAAAAGUCAUAUGAUCACAUUCAACUUCGAAAACGGAUUAGUUUGUACCUUAAGGACAAGUGGAACUGAACCCAAGAUCAAAUAUUAUACCGAACUUUGUGCAAGUCCUGACAUAAAGGACGUUGAAGGAGUUAAAAACACGUUAUGCGAAAUGGUGGCUGCAAUCUGUAACGAAUUUCUGCAGCCGGAACUGAAUAAACUCAUUCCGAAAGCUGAUUAAUUAUCUUGUAUUUAAUGUAACUUAUGAAAUGAAUUUUUGUUAUUUUUGA